AAGAAAUAGCACGCCCACCUCAAUCACGAAACGAGCGCAUACGAACUAUACUACAGCAUAGAAUCUAGGCUGAGAUCGCGACGAACAGCGGAGUAUGCUAGAUGGACGUUGCAAAGAUGGCGGAUGGGAAGGUCUCGCUGCCCCGAACUUCGCCGUGCAGUAAGACCUGAAGGGAAUCGCAUAUAUGUACGCAUAGUGUACCAUACACGCAGCAUGGCCCGGCGUUAUAGAUGGAUUAGUCAAAUACCAGGCAAGUUGCCAUUAAUGGAUCUUGCACACAUCAUUCUUCACCUCUCAAUGCAAGUGCGAGUCAAAUCUCCUUUGCACAUUUUGUAGCUUUCUGAGUAUUGCAUCCGCAGACUCAUCUCUGGUUCUCACCUCCUCUGCGUAAUCCGAAUGAAUUGGC